UCCGGUUGCGUGGCGGAGGCGGUCUGUGUGACGCAGCAGCUGCUGGAGGCUCCGGGGCUGUCGGGCUGUUUUUAUUGUUCGUUUAACGCAUCGAAGAGAGAGAAAAACACAGACGGAAAGAGAGAAAAGAGAGAAGAGAGAGGAGAAAAGAGAAAACAGAGAAACAGGCAGGGUUUUCCGAAGAAAGCUCUGCGUGUUCCCCGGAGCUGCUGUUGCUGCUGAUUAGUAGUUAUAAAGCUGUGUACAGAGUCGCCGCUGCUGCCGCUGCUGCGCUUUAACGGAGGGCGAUGGCGUACGCGUACCUGUUUAAGUACAUCAUCAUCGGGGACACGGGUGUGGGGAAAUCAUGCCUAUUAUUACAGUUCACAGACAAACGCUUCCAGCCAGUGCACGAUCUCACUAUCGGUGUAGAAUUCGGAGCGCGGAUGAUCACUAUAGAUGGCAAACAGAUAAAGCUUCAGAUCUGGGAUACGGCUGGCCAGGAGUCCUUCCGCUCCAUCACCAGGUCUUACUACAGAGGAGCUGCGGGAGCCCUCCUCGUGUACGAUAUCACAAGAAGGGACACCUUUAACCAUUUGACAACCUGGUUAGAAGAUGCUCGUCAACAUUCCAACUCCAACAUGGUCAUCAUGCUCAUCGGAAAUAAAAGUGAUCUGGAGUCGCGGAGAGAGGUGAAGAAGGAGGAGGGCGAGGCUUUUGCCAGGGAACACGGCCUUAUCUUCAUGGAGACUUCAGCUAAGACGGCGUCAAACGUAGAAGAGGCAUUUAUCAACACAGCCAAGGAGAUUUAUGAAAAGAUCCAGGAGGGCGUCUUCGAUAUCAACAACGAGGCGAACGGGAUCAAAAUCGGGCCCCAGCAUGCUGCCACUAACUCGACGCUGACCGGCGGACAGGGCGGACAGCAGGCUGGAGGAGGCUGUUGCUGAGCUUUUGUCCUUUUAUCCUCCUCCUCCCUCUUCCUCCUCCACCCUCCCCGACUCCUUAUGUUUCUACUGGACUGGUCGCGCUCACUAACAUUUUCUUAACCCCCCCACAGCCCAGCCCUCCAAUUCAAAUCGUGUACUAGAUGGCUGUCCAAAAAAAAGAAAAAAAAACACAAAAACAAAAAAAUAACAAAAAAAAUGCUAAAGACCAGGUCCUUAAGUCCUGAGAAACUCCUGAAGCCCACCGGGGGCUCCAGCAGACGUGAUUAUGGUUACUAGUUAGGCAGAAACCACCAGAGCUUUGGAACCCAUAUUCGUAAAUAUAUCCAUGUUUGUAUUUUGAUUAUUUUUGUUUUUGUUUUGUUUUUGUUUUGUUUUUUUCUCAGACAGUUGUGGAUUUUUGUGCCCUUUUGACUUCAAAGCUGAACUGUAUUAAACACUACAAAGUCAUCUCUAGUAUUUUAAUCGGUUAAUGUGAGCGAGUUCUGUGAAAGACCGCGGCGAACUCUGAAGUCAAAAAUAAAGGAAACGUUCGGGCUGUGAUGAAAGGAGCAGCCGUUAUCAAAGUGAAGAAGAAGAAGAAGAAGAAAAAAAAAAGCAGGACUGUUUUAAAUCUGUAUUUAUCAUUCACAUUCUGUAUAUAUAGUUAUCAUUUCUUGCUUUGAUGUAUGUUGACAGAGCUAGAAUUCUGUAUUGAAUUUGCUUAAAUUCUAUACUGUACGAAUAGAGCUUGAAAAUGCAACAGUAUUGCUACGUUUCCAAAAAAACCCUGCUUCGACACCGUUUUAAGGAUUUUUACUUUGUUUCGUUUUAGUUUGGUCCUGCCAUCUGCCUUUGCCCUUCAUCUCUGUGCCCCCCCCCACCCCCUCGCCCAGCCCCCUCGCCCAGCCCCCUCGCCCAGCCCCCUCGCCCGAUCAGCUCUCGUGUAUAGAAACUUUGGCUCAAUAUUCUCUGUUUUAAUAAUGCCAAAAUUUGUGUUUACCUGUGUUGAGUCACGACUUGAGGAAAAACGGAUCACCUGUCCUCCACCAAACUAGGUCUGCUGUGUUUGCCUUAAAGAUUUUGGAACGGCAAAAGGGUAACAGUCACGUUACGCAGGAUUCAUUUAAAGGUUAAAAGAAGAAAAACAUGCAAUUUGUAUAAUUGAGACGUGCAUACAUAUUAAAAAAGGACCUUAGGUUCACUUACAGUAGCUAUAUAGCCCUCAAACGCAUACACACACACACUCACACGUACAUAGCUAAACCUAUAUAUUCAUUGACGCCGGAAUAUAUGUACGCAUAAACAUCUGUUUUUGUUUUCUCUUCAGAACGAUGAUUUUUUUUUCCUCCGACGCAGUCUGCUGUGUACCGUCAGUGCAGAUCCACAUUCAUUUUAGGUGUCUGAGUGGUUGUGUAAAGGCUUGCUUUCUCUGGCAGUACGUUCUGUUAUGAUAGAUAUAUGGUGAACAUCUUGUCCGUUGUGAAAGGGGUGUGGUAAAAGCCAAACUGAAGUAACUUUGUGACCCUCAACUUUAUUUGCUGUGUUCUCAAAAUGAAAUGCUAUCACAAUAAAAAAAUAUAAUAAACUCAUCAACUCUG